AUGUCUUGGGACCGUUGGGACAUGUUGGGACUCAGGUUUGAGCUGGUUUUCAUCAUGAAGAUGUACUGGCUGCCUGGGCAUGUUUGGAACGAUUUGGACCUGACGUACCGCAACGAUUUGGAUGAUGUUUUCGGUGGUGACAAGUACCUGGACAUAGCAGAAGAGUUGGAUCCCUUGCUCCACAGCUUCCCCACGAAGCUCAUUCGCCGGCGUCCCGAGCCGCAGCUGAAGCCUUUUGAGCCGCCUUUACAGGAAGUGGAGGGUAUCGUGCGGCGGAAGUACAAGAAUGGAGACCUCCUCUUCGUCGAGAAGGAAGGCGAUGCUCGGUACAAGAAGGCGGUGCUCAUCAAGAAAGAUGAUUAUGAGCCUGCCUGGGACCAUUAUUUCUUUCCCAACUACACUUUCCUGAACCUCGUCAGCACCGAUGGUGAUGCCGGCUGUGCUAAGCUCCAGUGGUGUGGCGAGGAGCGGGGUGGCUUCGUGGAGUAUGCGCGGCGCUAUGAUGCCGUCUUUCAGGAGACCUUGGAGCUUCGACGCUUUCCGAUGGAUCGCCAGCUUUGCAGGAUCAAACUGACGGCAGAGGCGGACAUCCAGACCUUUCAGCUUCCCGGGCUGUUCGAAAAAACCGACGGUCUUCAUGAGUGUUUUGAGUUGCUGCACGCGCAGAAUCAUAUGCAGAAGAAGUGCACCACGUACAUCCGCUAUGCCGAUGAGAAGUUCCCUUACCCUGUCCAACGAUCAAGUGUCAAGACCGUGCUACAUUUGCAGCGCAAAGGUGACUAUUACUUCCACAACGUGCUGAUCAACAUUUUUUUGGUGAAUGUGAUUGCCCUCUUCAGCUUUGCAGUCCCCGUCUCCGAUACCGGCGAUCGGCUGAGCUUACUGUCCACCACGCUGGUGGCAGUGACUGCGUAUCAGACGGUGAUCAACCAAUCGAUCCCGCGGAAGGCCUACCUCACAGCCUGUGACAAAUAUGUGAUCUUCGCAGUCAUUUUCCAGGCAGGAAGGAUGGUACGGUGUGCCCAGGUCGAAACCAUUUGUGACGUCAUACCAUGGUCAUGUGCAGAAGACGAACGCACUUCGCCCAAACGAAGAAGCCGUAGGAAUUCGCAGGGGUUCGCGACAUCUGAGUCUUGGGGUUGUGCCCUCACCCAUUGCGUUUGA